GGCGGGCGGGCGCCACUCCCAUCGGACGGGCGGCCACGGAGGGCCGGACCAGGGUCACAAGUCCACAGGUCCAGAUUAGAGGAGGCCUAGAGGAGGAGGCCAGGCCGGACGCCCCCCACCAGCACCAGCACCACCACCACCACCACCACCACCACCACCACCACUGCUGUCCCCUCUCCGGACCCCAAUUCCCAGGGCUUUCCACAGCCCCCUGAGGGGCAGAGCAGGGGGUAGGAAGGGGCCAAAUGGGGCCCCAGCUGCUGUCCUGGGGGCCCCUGGCCCAGCUGGGCAUCUUCCUCCUGGUCUUCGUCCUGCUCCUGGACUUCUGGAGGCGAAGGAAGGGGUGGCCCGGCUACCCGCCCGGACCCGCCUCCCUGCCCUUCGUCGGGAACCUGCUGCAGCUGGAUUUCCACCAGCCCCAUCUCUGCUUCCAACGGCUGCGGGAGAAGUUCGGCGAUGUCUUCAGCCUCCAGUACUGCUGGACAAACGUGGUGGUGCUCAACGGCUUUGCCGCGGCCAAGGAGGCGUUGGUACAGAGGUCGGAGGAGACCGCCGGGAGGCCGCCCCUGGUCAUCUACAACCACCUGGGCUACGGGCCUAACUCGGAAGGGCUGGUGUUUGCCCAGUACGGGCAGGCCUGGAAGCAGCAAAGGAGGUUUUCCCUUUCCACCAUGAGGAACUUCGGACUAGGGAAGAAAUCCCUGGAGCAGUGGGUGACGGAGGAAGCCGGGUUUCUCUGCUCGGCCUUCAGCUCUAAAGCAGGCCGCCCCUUCGACCCGCGCGCCCUGCUGCACAACGCGGUCAGCAACGUCAUCUCAUCGCUCACCUUUGGGAACCGCUUCGAGUACGACGACCAGAAGCUCCACGAGCUGCUGGGCCUCCUGGACGAGGGCCUGAAGGAGGAAGCGGGCAUUAUGCCCCAGCUCCUCAAUGCCGUCCCGUGGCUGGGGGCCAUUCCCGGCCUGCCUCUGAGAGUUUUCCGGGCCCAGAAGGCUUUCAUGGCCCUCCUGGACACCUUCAUCGAGGAGCACAAGAGGACGAGGGACCCGGCGCGGCCCAGGGACCUGACGGACGCUUACCUGGAGCAGGUGGACCAGGCGAAGGACGAUCCCGGGAACAGCUUCAAUGUCCGGAACACGCGCUUCGUGGUCGCGGACCUCUUCAUCGCCGGCUCGGAGACCACCUCCACCACCCUCCGCUGGGCCCUACUCUUUAUGCUCCUCCACCCGGACGUCCAGAGCCGAGUCCACGAGGAGAUAGACCGGGUGAUCGGCAGACACAGGAGGCCCACCAUGGACGACCAAGCCAACAUGCCCUUCACCAACGCGGUCAUCCACGAGACCCAACGCUUCGGGGACGUCCUUCCCAUCGGCCUGCCCCACAUGACCCUCCGGGACACGCAGGUCCAAGGCUUCUUCAUCCCCAAGGGGACCCUUCUGAUCGCCAACCUGUCCUCCGUGCUGAAGGACGACACGGUUUGGGAGAAGCCACACCAGUUCUAUCCGGAGCAUUUUCUGGACCCCGAGGGCCGGUUCGUGAAGCAAGAGGCCUUCCUGCCUUUCUCUGCAGGUCGCCGCGUGUGCCUGGGGGAGCCGCUGGCCCGCAUGGAGCUCUUCCUCUUCUUCACCUGCCUCCUGCAGCGCUUCGCCUUCCGCCCGCCCGAACUCGGGCCCCGGCCCUCCCUGCAGGCCCGCUUCGCCCUGACCCUGGCCCCGAAGCCCUACGAGCUCCGGGCCCUCCUCAGAUAGGCACACACACAUACACCGGAUCACCCCGUGCCAUUUCCCUGCCCUCCUUUCCCGUCUCGCCCUGCCCGCUUGGCCACCCGGCCACCUCACCACAAAGUCAGGCCACUUACGGUUGGCAGACUGGCGGCUCGCCCUCCUACCCACCCCGCCUCACUUUCCCACCCCCCGACCCUCCCACCGUCUCCACUCUCCCAACCGGGGCACCAGCUCUGGCUCUCUCUUUCUCUCAUCAAUCAGUCGAUCGUAUUGAUUGAGCGCUUACUGUGUGCAGAGCACUGGGCUGAGCGCUUGGGAAGUACAAGUUGGCAACAUAGAGAGACGGUCCCUACCCAACAGUGGGCUCACGGUCUAGACGAUGCUGACGAUUCAGUGCCAUCCUCUCAUCCUCGUGGGCGGGCCGAUUUCCAUCCCACGGCUGCCCGACCUCUUGAGCCUUCGGAGCGUCCGGUGGUGGAGCUGGGGCACCAAGUCUUCCGGCUUUUUUAGUUCCUUUAGCCAGCACCUACCCCGAGUCCCUCGCUGAAUAAAUACUCCGUGCUUAGAUUGGG